AUGAGUAUCGGCCUUUUCCUAUAUCUUCACCUGAGAGAGGAGAACAAAAAUAAACAGAUCCGCCAUAAAAUAGAUCUUAUCGUGAAAAUGCGAGUAAAGGAGCUCGCAGAAAGAGCGGCGUUGUUACGGGACACCGAGCAAAAACUCCAGAAACAGCUUCUGCAAAUGGAACACCGUACGUAUCUCUGGCUAUAUUUAGCUAUAGAAUAUAUUCAAUCUAUACUUGAGGACAGUCUUCGCCCGGCUGAAGAGUUAAUUAGAGAGUCAAUCGAGGUAAUACCUCAAUCAGUAGAUGAGACAUACGAAAAUAUUCUUAGUCGACUGCGUCGAUUAUAUAGACUAUUUAUCUUCAUCAAAAACUCCAAAAUCUACUUAAUUCAUCAGACAGCCAGGGAAUUUCUUGUAAACAAGAUCUGGCCCAAGACCAAGAAGCAGCGGGUUAAGUUAGGGAAAUAUACGAUAUGGAAGGCUAUUAAGACUUACAGAGUUCCACCAUCAAUAAGUACUUUACAUCUGGCAUCAUUAAACGGGCAUAAGCAGGAGGUUAAGUUUUUACUAGCUCUCGGUAGAAAAGACAUCAAUUCGACCGAUGACACCAGAACCUACCCUAUCAUCUCGGCCUCAAUAAAUAGUUAUAAGAAGGUCGUUCAGUUGUUGCUCGAGAAAGGAGCUAAGGUCAACGCCCGAGUUGGGCUGUAUAGAGCCAGGCGGUGUGAAAGUAGGCGUUUUAGAAAUACUCUCCAAGCCGCAUCUUGCAAAGGACAUAAUAAGGUUGUGCAGUUAUUGCUUAAGAAAGGAGCCAAGGUCAACGCGCAGGGUAGGGUCUUUGGGAAUGCUCUCCAAGCUACGUCUCACGAAGGACACGAUAAGGUUGUGCAGUUGUUGCUCGAGAAAGGAGCCGAAGUCAACGCCCAAGGUGGGCGGUACCUGUAUAACAAUGCUCUUCAAGCUGCGUCUCACGAAGGACACGAUAAGGUUGUACAGUUGUUGCUUGAGAAAGGAGCCGAGAUCGAUGCCGAGGGUGCGUCUUACGAAGGACAUAACAAGGUUGUACAGUUACUGCUGGAAAAAAGAGCCGAGGUCAACGCGCAGGGUGGAGUCUUUAGGAAUGCUCUCCAAGCUGCGUCUCACGAAGGGCAUGAUAAGAUUGUACAGUUGUUGAUUGAGAAAGAAGCCGAGAUCAACGCGCAGGGUGGUGAAUUUGGAAAUACUCUCCAAGCUGCGUCUUCCAAAGGACAUAAUAUGGUUGUACGGUUGUUGAUUAAGAAGGGAGCCGAGGUCAACGCACAAGGUGGACAGUAUGGAAAUGCUCUCUAA